AUGACAUUAUUCCACAGACAAACAGGACAACUCCGAGCAUGGGCCCGCAGAACCCUCUGGUGCAUCAUCGUUAUAGGAUCCCUCUGCGCAAUCGUCAUCCCCAUCUUCUCCAUCUACCGCAAAGAAGGUGAUAAUACCCGGUCCGUCGUCGAAGUCCCGCCCCAGGGGGUUUCGCAUACAGGAGAUUAUAUUCAUGUCCUGGGGAGUGUGGCUAGCGUUGACUUUGAGGAUAAGAGCUUUCGAUCCUACUUUGAAAUCCUCGCGAACAAGGACAAGGAACGUCUCCACAAGAUCCCCAUUUCCCUCACCUUCCUCGGAAAACUCCAAUCCGUCGAAUUCAUCCCCACCGUCCGCGUCGAGACAGACGACCUGUACAAGAUUGCGAUCGAGAUCUUUACACGCCGGUCGCCGACGACGAUCGGGUUCAGUCUGUUUAUUGUAUUGAUAAUGUGGAUGUUGAGUAUUGCAAUUGGGAUUAUUGCGAUUCAGGUGAUUAGAAAGUAUCGGGUGACGGAUGAGCAUGUGUUGACGUUGGGGAUUACGACCUUGUUUGCUUUGCCGGCGCUGAGGGAGACUCAGCCGGGUAUACCGUCGAUUGGCUGUGCCGCCGAUGUUCUUGGCUUUUACUGGAACAUGGCAAUCAUCGCGAUCUCUUCAAUAAUGAUCCUCAUGGCGUCCGCCCUUCGCUGGAAAGAACCCUCGAUCGAGCGCGAGAUCGAACUCGUCCACAAACAACACGAUUUCCAAUCAAAACUCAUCUCGGAAAUGGCCAUCCCCAUGCCCUUCCCCAUCACGGGCGGUCCCUUUUCGGAUUACCAGGUCAAGAAGAUGCGGAUUCCCUUUAUGAUGAGCCAUCAUCACCAUCUCGCCUAUACACUGGGACUCGACAAGUCCCGCCACCUCGCGGUGGAUGUUCGAUGUCCCGCCAUCAUAUCAUAUGCCUGUCCCGCCUCUACCGCUUCUACCGGUAUCGCUCCCGCCAUUGCCAGCAAGAGGAGCAGGAGCAAGAGCAGAAGCAGUAGCAAGAGCAGGGAAUUCGAAUCACGCCGCCGCCGAAAUACAACAUGCACAUCACUAUCUUUACCCAACGUCAAGUUCUACAUCCACUUCUACAUCCACUUCUACAUCCACAAGCUAUAA